UAGUGAGGAUUUGCUCUGUAUUAACCCUGACAGGGAACACAGAGUCAGCUGGAACACAAGGAAGCCAGAGUAGAUAGACCUGUAGGAAAAUAGAGGGGAAAAAGCAACAGUGCAGGGAGGUAUGAAAUACACUGUCGUCAAAAGGACGUAUAAGUUGAAAUAGGGAGUCCUCCAAGCAGCAGCUAAUGACUCGAAAAUACGGCACUAAAAGAAAAAAGACGACAGCUUUUAAAAAGUGCUGUGCAUUUUGAAACAUGUCGAUCUAAGAUAGGUACGACUGGUCCAGAGACGGCAGCACGGAGCACAAUGGGGCACCCCAAUGUGCCCCUCUCACACAAACACAUGCAUUCCCAGAGGGACAAAAACAGAUCCAGUCGACUGCAACCUUACACACCAAAUGACAACUUAAACAAUGCCUUAGGCGCUAUCAGAGUCCUCGGUGUGGAGCUCAUUGAAGAUGAGCUUAAACCCCAUUUGAACACAGUGAUGGCCAGCAUUAAGGAGAAGACAAGUCAACAGCAGGAUAAGAAGGCGGCAGAGGGAAUUAAGCGUCAGAGAGGUCACGCAAAAAAACAGAUUACAAGAUUCAGUUCAGAGAAAGGUGCUGCUGAGCAGGUGGUGAUCAGUGGGAUCUUGCCAAUCCUUGCUCUGAGCCUGAGAAGCAGAGGGCCUCUGAGUGUGCUGACUGCAAAACUAGUGGCUGAACUUGCCAGGGAAUCUGUGAUUCGUAAAGGUUUUGGUGACACGGGCUUGGUUGCAGCUUUGUUGUCGGUCCUGACCAGUUCAGACCAAGAAUUGCUUUUCCACGCAGCGAGGGCCGUCUCACGCAUGUCUUAUGAUAGCGCUAAGCUGCAGCAACUAUUACUACGCCAAGGUGCGGUGCCUCGUCUUGUUGCCAUCCUGCUCCAGUUUCCUGAUAAGGAGGCCCUGGGGGAUGUGUGCCUUCAGGCCCUCUGUAACAUCAGUGGAAUGGGAUUAGCAGAGGAGGCCGGAAGGGUGUGGAAGAGAGGAGCGUCUGUGAGGCCGGGGGAGUCUGUGUUUCACGGCGUUUCUCCUCACACCUGUGGUUUUGACUCUUCUGUGACUCUGGUGCGUGUGUCUCAGUGGGGGCCGGGUCAGUACGCAGUCAGCAUCGAGGUUUUCCAGCGCUGCUCGUCCUCUUUCUGGAACCUUCAUGGGAACAAACGGACUGCUCACUGGUCCCCCUUUUCCAGCUUUGGAAGCUGCUCAAAUUUGUACAAGCUGCUCAAGUUCUCUACAAGGAAUAUUCCACGGACAAAAAGUCUGAAAACCCGUGUGUUCCACACUUUCCUCUGAAAUCUGGAAAUACACAAAUGUCUCUGGGCUCUUCCCGUUUACUUUAAUCAGAAUUUUUUGAUUUCUUCUUCUUGUUUGCAUCUACUUUGUAAGGUUCAAUCAAGGAACUAUUUAUUUAUGUGUAUUUUCAGAAAUGCUAACUUUUGCAACUACAUGCAUCACGACACGGAUUAGGCAAUUCUGCUGUUUUAGUGUCACACUGUGCUGUUUAAAUUUGGGCAAUAAGUGAAUCAAGGAUUAGAAUAAAUAAAUCACGU